GCGGGGGCCCUGUUCGUGAGGGCAGUCGGGGCUCGGUCUCAGGGGGCCGACUCCGUCUAUGGCGCCGCGCCCCAGCCAGUCUGCGCUCUGGCGAGGGCCGUUUGGGAGAAGUGGUCGCCGAUUGGCCAGCUCGGGGCCACUGUCAGCGGCUACGCCAUGGACAUCGCCAGGCGCCUCGGCUACACGCUGCGCGGCUUCGAGAAGUGGGCCAGCCCCGCUUGCAACGGGCACUUCAAC